AUACGGACGUGAAUAUUGUUUGUUUACCGUGUGAUUCGCCAUGUCGGCCGCGAUAUGUUAUCUCGUCAGACAUGUAGGGUCCGAGUUCGAAUGAUGCUGCGCUUUCUAAUUACGAUAAAUUAUAUAACUUUCGAUUCACGUGUGCCAAAUCGCCAGGGAAACACGUAAAUAAAACCGCGCUCACGUUGACCCGACCACGGAUAACUGCUGCGACGGUUUUCAAUUUUUUGGAAAAAUUAUCGCAAAGAAACAGCCUUGAUGAUUGAUGACAAGAUCGAGAUGAUGGACGCGGACGAGGACUACGGCAGUUACUAUCAGAGGAACUCGCCAAGACAGAAUGGCAGCGUCCAUUCGGAUAUAGGAGACAUGAGUUUUAUGAUGAUCGACUAUAUUAAAGAAGCCAUGAAGGCCAUGGACAUGAUGAGGGGCCACCACAUGCUGACGGAUGUGGUGCUGGAGGUGGGCUGCGACGUCUUUCACGCCCAUCGCGUCGUCUUGGCGGCCGCCAGUCCCUAUUUCAAGGCGAUGUUCACGGGCGGCCUCAAGGAGAGCGAGAUGAACAGAGUGAAGCUGCAGGGCGUCUCUGCCACGGCGAUGUCGCGUCUGAUCAAUUUCAUGUACACGGGGAUGAUCAGAGUGACGGAAAACACCGUGUGCCAGCUGUUGCCCGCCGCCACCAUGUUGCAGGUUCCUAAUGUGAUACAAGCUUGCUGUGAUUUCCUCGAGAGACAACUGGACCCAAGCAACGCAAUCGGCAUUGCCAGUUUUGCUGAACAACACGGCUGCAUAGAACUGUACAAAAAAGCCAACCAAUACAUUGAACGACAUUUUAGCCAGAUUUGUCACGAGGAAGAAUUCCUGCAACUAUCCGCCCAACAACUAAUCUCUCUGAUAAAAAAGGACGAGUUGAACGUGCAAGACGAGAAGGAGGUUUACAACGCUGUUCUGAAAUGGGUGAAAUACGACGAAGACAAUCGUCACAUGAAGAUGGAAUGUAUACUUAGUGCCGUCCGUUGUCAAUUUUUGCCGCCCAAGUUUCUCAACGACCAAAUGACUAAUUGUGACGUAAUCAAAAAGACGCCAGCCUGUAAAGAGUAUCUAGCCCGCAUAUUCAAAGAUUUAACCUUGCACAUAAGAACAGCGGUUAAGGAAAGAAGCCCGAAUAUCCCGCGAGUAAUUUACAUAGCAGGCGGUUACUUCAAACAGUCCCUAGACGUUUUAGAGGGUUACAAUGUGGACGAUAAAACGUGGACGGCCCUAGACCGACUGACAGUUCCGCGUUCCGGAUUGGGGGGCGCGUUUCUAAAAGGUACUUUUUAUGCGGUGGGCGGGAGAAACAACAGCCCGGGUAACAGUUACGAUUCGGACUGGGUAGACAAAUAUAAUCCCAUCAAAGAUCAGUGGCGACCCUGCAGUCCGAUGUCCGUGCCGCGGAAUCGCGUCGGAGUCUCGGUUAUGGACGGUCUUCUUUAUGCUGUCGGCGGUAGCGAAGGGAACAAGUACCAUAGCAGUGUUGAAUGUUACGAUCCGGAGGUUGAUCGUUGGCAGACGGUGAAACCAAUGCAUUACAAAAGACUGGCAUUAGGAGUGGCGGUGGUGAACAGGCUGUUGUAUGCAAUCGGCGGCUACGACGGGGAAAGCAGGCACAAUAGUGUCGAGUGUUACCAUCCGGAGAACGACGAGUGGACGUUGGUUAGUCCCAUGCAGACAAGACGAAGCGGUGCAGCCGUCGCAGCUAUUAACCAAUAUAUUUAUGUGGUCGGAGGGUAUGACGGUGUGUCCCAACUGAACACAGUGGAGAGAUAUGAUACUGAAAAAGAUUUGUGGCAGUUUGUCUCUAGUAUGAAGGUGGCCAGGAGCGCCUUAAGUGUUACCGUACUCGACUGCAAACUGUAUGCAAUGGGUGGUUAUGAUGGACAAAACUUCCUGAAAAACGUAGAAAUUUACGAUCCAUCAGAGGACAAAUGGGUGGAUGGUGAGCCUUUGACGUCCGGAAGAUCUGGACACGCAAGUGCAGUAUGUUAUCAACCACCUUGUACUCCCAAAUGCCGAAUUCUGUCGGCAAUAACCUCCAACAGUGAGUCGAAUAAAACGAAGUGAUAUUUGUUAUUUUAGUCGAGUUUUGUGAAGUUUCUUUUAGUUAUAAGUUGUACAUAUUUUGUAGGUGUAAAUCAUUAAUUAAUUGUACCUACAUGUUUUAUAUUUCAAAUGAAAAUGUUUUAUACAAAGAAAUAAAAUAUUUAUUCAUUA